UGAAGUGAGCGAUACAGCACGAUGCGCGCAACGAAAACAAACGGUUCAACACAAACGGGCUCAUUUCACGCACGCUAGCUGUCAGAUGCACACACAUGCAGUUUGGCGAUGAGUGUGUUGUUUAUUAUCAUAACAGUGUAGUUUCUCCGACGAAUUCGCUAGUUUUUGUUAUUUGAUUGAAUUUUUGUACAAAAUUUUACCAUUUGGGUGGUUUGCUUGAGUGAGGAGCGUUGGCCUCACGUGAAUCUGCAAGCGCUAAAUGCAAGAUGAGCGGUUGCGGGCUGCUUGUUUCCGUGAUCAAAACACUCGAUGCCAGUGAAACGAACGAGCAGCGCGAACGGGAGAAGCUUAAAAUCGAGCGGGAGUUUCGAAAAACCGACCAGCGGCUAAACGAACUCGUCUCACGCAGCGAUGGCGACCUCACGCGGGUUAUGCAGCUGUUCGGCAAGGUGUCGACGGAAGUUACGGCCUCCCGGGAGCGAAUACAUGUGGUGAAGGAAAACCUACAGUCCUGCAAACAGUUGCUGCGUUGUCGCCGCGACGAGCUGAAGAAACUGUACACCGACGCAAUCCAGCACAAGUACGUGCUGGAGAUGUUGGAUCAAAUCACCGAGAUCCGGAAGGUGCCGGCCCAGCUGACUGCUUACAUGGCGAAGAAGCAUUACCUGCACGCCACCAAGCUACUGAUGGCAUCGAUCGAAACGACGGACGGAAAGCUAAAGGGUGUGGAAGGAUUAAACGAUCUACGGCAAGACUUUCAGAAUCGCCGCCAGCAGCUGUACGGGAAGCUGCUGGAAGAGCUGAACAAACAUCUGUAUGUGUCCAGCACGGCGGACGUGUUGCAGAACUUCCAGCGUCAAGCAUCGGGACGCAACAGUCAGUACGCGCCGGGAGCGUCACCGUUCCAGCGAAACGUUUUGCGGCGCUCGGCGGAACGGGUGGAGGCUAACACGAAAGCACGCAAAGCGUUGUUUGAGAUCUCCAAGAACGGAUUUUUGGACGUAGAUAAGAGCGAAAUAAUCGAAGAUACAGAGCUGCUAGAUCCGGAUGUCAAUUCGUCAUAUUUCCUCAGUAUAAUUGUUGAAUGCUUUGCAUUGUUACAGAAAGUGCCUGAAUCGAUUGAGUCAAUAAAAGUACAAAUGCAAAGCGAACUACUAGCUAUCGUAACCAAAUCCACUCAGCACAUCAAUUCGCUGGAGCACCAGCCGCAGCACACGCAACAGUCUGCGCUCGCUAUUACCAGCACACCAUCGUCCGCUGCGGCAGUUGCUGCCUGCAAUGGAACACCUUCCGGUGCAUCGGCUGCGGAUCCGACGCAACCCGCCCAACCGGUACCAAUACUCGAGCUGCUCGAUCUGGUGUUCAGACAGUUCAAGCUUAUCGCCAACGCGCACCAGCAAGCGCUCCGCAACUAUGGCAACGUCAUACAACGAUACAACAUUCCGCAAGUGAAGCCUUACGACAUUAUCGAGUACUGGGGCCAGGCGCAAGCCGUCCUCAAGCUUGUGCUCACCGACUAUCUGGACAUUCAGAACGAUAGCGGUGACGAAGCGUUACUGUUGCGGGGCCAGUUUGCCGAACAGUCCACCAACGUGAAUUCGUUCUUUAGCCGUAGAAAAACGCCGGGCAAGAAACUGCUGUUCCGCUUCGACAAAUCGUCCCACACGGCGGACGCAGGAGCAGCACAGCCGGCCGACGGUGACCAGGGACAGCCGAAAGAACAUCGGCGCAAUCUGUCGAACGUGUCGAACAGUACGCCAAAGGAAGACACCGUCAGCGGAAAUUCGUCCCAUUUGCUGAACAGUAGCUUCCAUCAGCAUCAGCCGGUUUACUUCGGUGGCAAGGAUGGUGCUGCCGCGGCGGAACGGAGAAAGCGUGAGCGAGCGUUGGUUUGUUCGCCGGAUGCGUCCCUGGUGCGGAAGAUAUAUCUGCCGCUGAUGGGAUACAUCCAGGAGAUUGAGAGUUUUAUGAAAUGCAAGUCUGGACAACCGUGCAGUUUGAACACGUUCUUGGCAAACUACGUAAAGGACGCUUAUCUGGCACGUGGUCACAAUCGGAACCUGCAGCUAACGAUCGAGUCGCUGUCGAAGGCACAGGAUGCGUGGCGCACCAUUAUCAGUCCGGAGGAAAUGAAGCGACUCGGCCUAACGCGUCCGCUACUGCAGAAUACGGUCAUCGUAGAGAAUCGAAUUGCCGAAACGAAGAAACUCAUCCAAGAUCUUCCCACCUACUCGGAUGAACUGUUAAAAAUGGUCUGUUCGCUACUGAAGACGUACCGUGAGACGUGCCAGGCCGCAUACCGGGGCAUUGUCCAGCCGGAAACCGAGGACAAGCGCAUCUACAGUGUCGCCUGGCUCAAGGACGACGAUAUUACACGAUUCUUGAAAUCAUUACCGAACUGGACGGAUCUGAAAACAUCGAACGCCCGCAUACGGCAACUGCAGCAGAAGCGCUUGAUCAAAACGGAACCAUCGGAGGAGGAAAGUCCCACCCAGGUGCAGCAGCGCAACGUUCGCGAAGCCGAAAUGCUGACCAGCAAUCUCGGCGAAGGGGGCAUCUCCCAGCAAGAGAUCCUGUCCGAUGUGGGCGUACUGAAGGAGCUGGCCAUACUGCAGGAAAGCAUGGAAUGGUUCGCGAAUCGCAUUACGGAGUUUGCCCAGGAGCUGAAGAAACCGAUCGUAAAUGGGCUGGUGACUGCAUCGCCCGUUUCUACGCCCGGUUCUCCUUCACCCGCCGGCACGGCAACGAUCGUGAACAGUCCGGUAAUCGUGAAGGACGGUAUGAUCAAGGUGCUCAUCAAUUUGGCACUGGAAUUUGAAGAGUUGGCCAACACCUGUCUGCUGGUGUUGCAUCUGGAGGUGCGUGUGCAGUGUUUCCAUUACCUCCGGUCGAGCCCCUCCGAUCGCUACAAGGCAAACAAUCCGAACAAGAACGAUUCGCUCGAACCGGACGCGAAGGUGCUGAAGCUCACGAAGGUACUGUCGGACAUGGACGAAGCGUUGAGCUCAACGUUGCAUCCGAGGAAAACUAAGUAUGUCUUCGAAGGUUUAGCACACCUGGCUGCGCGGAUUCUUAUAAUGGCCGCCAACUCUAUGGAAUACAUCGAUCAUUCGGGCGUGCAGCGGAUGUGCCGAAAUGCGCUGGCCCUACAGCAAACGCUGAGCAGCAUCACAGCGUCACGGGAGGUCGCGCUGGAUUAUGCACGUUCCUUCUACGAAAUGUUCUAUCUCGAUCCAGAGGAAAUUCUUACCGCGAUCGUGGAGAAAGGUGCCCAGUUUACGGAGAUGCAAUAUCUGAAUGCGCUGCAGCUGAUCUUCCGCAACCGUGGCAUCAUAGACCCGGCCGUCGUCGGCUCCUACCAGCAAAAGCUUUCCGAUCUGCUCGGCACCAAACCCGCCCUCGGUGUGAUCGUUUAAGCUGGCGCGUGCCGAACAAAGCAGCGCUAUAGCGCCAGCAAGUAGGCGUGUAGGAUAUUAGGGCAACGUUCCGAAUCGCACCACUAUAGUUGUUGUUUUUUGGGUAAGCAUGAAUGGGCUGUCGCCUUGAACGGGUGGCAAGUGGUGUUCAGCAGGCGUUGCGGUGUUAGAAUAAACAAAUUGUACUGCAAGCUUGCGAGCCUCUGAUAGGAAAACGAAUCGUUUAAAAUAUUAGGCAACGCUGCGCUUGCGUUUCGUGUGUGUGUGUGUGUAGGCAGUUAAAGGGGCUUGUUGAAGCUGUCGUGGAGAUUAAGGAUGCAUCACACGCUGCUAAUGUGACGAUUGUCCCUUAAAACGUUCCCACCAUGCUAACCAUUUUGCUAUCGAAAAACCCGCACAGUGCUGUUUCCCCCUGUAGAGAGCUUGUAGUGAAGCGUUUCCUCCUUGAUAGAGAGCGAUGCAUAUCACGCAUUUCGGAGUUGUUUAAAAUUAUUUAUUUUCCCUUGCUUAACGGCUAACACCGCAACCUUACCGAUUGUGGGAAAAAAAUUAACAAAGAUCGCAGUCUAAUCAAAAUUAAAUUUAUGUUCCGCAUCACUUUCGCAAAAUCGCAUUCAAAUCGUUUCGUUCAUUGCUCUAGCGUAAACAGUCUCCCCGGGCAGCGCUGGUGGUGCCUACUACCACCACCGUCCCCAUAGCUGCUGCAUCCGUAAAGUGCUCGUAACGUGGUGCGAACUGAGCCGAAUUCAGUAUAUAGGACAAAUAAAAACAAAUUCUCAACUGAAAGCAAAA